CUUCUCUUCUCUCUCUCAAAGUUGAAAAAAAAAUGUUAUCUUCAUUACAAGGAUGUAAUGGUUUUUUGCAACUUGUUGAUCAUCAGAGAAAAAAUAAUAAUGUUGAUGAUGGAAAAUCAAAGAAAAAUAAAUCCAAAGAUGCAGCUGUAACACAUGCCAUGGCUGAACGUAAACGUAGAGAAAGAAUCAAUUCUCAUCUUCAUACUCUCAAGAAACUCUUUCCUUAUCUCCCUAAAAAGGACAAGCCAAGAGUGUUAACAGAGGCAGUCACUCAACUAAAGGAACUAAGGAAGAAUGUUGCACAACAACUAGAGUUGUCAUCUUUAUUUAUACCUAGUGAAAAUGAUGUAGUUAUUAUAACUUAUUGUGACAAUAUUAAUGAAGAACGAACCGUUAAAAUUACGAUUUGUUGCGAGGACAGACCGGGAUUGAACCGGGAUUUAUCAUCCGCAAUUAUUUCGGUUCAAGGGCGGGUGAUCAAGGCGGAGAUGGCCACGGUCGGGGGGCGGACCAAGGCGGAGUUGGUGGUGGUGUUGGGCAAAGCAAAUGGAGGAGAAAAAGAUGUUGGACAACUUAAACGGGCUUUAAAGGCCAUUGUGGAAAAUAGGGCUUUGGGCUUUGGAAGUUCUGUGAUAUUGGGCCGAAGAUUUGGGUGAUGAUAAAUGGACUUGAGUUUUGUGAUGGUAUAAAUGGGCCUUAACAAUGAUUUUAAGUGUGAAUAGCUAAGUUGGCUAUUAUAUAGUAGGUGUAUAUUAUGUAUAUACACUUUAAGUCUUGG